AAAUUUUCAAAGGACCCAACAGAACCAUUGAACCCAAGUAGAAGCCCAAUAACAUAUAAGAGGACCAUAAUUUUUGCCGAGUGAAGAAGAAGCUGAGGAAGAUUUGCCGAAACCAGAUGGGGAAGCAUUUUGUUUCAAUCGUCCCUUCGAUCCAGAUUUCCCGACGAGAGAAACCUUCAACGGCAACCAGAUCCAUCUAAUUUCAACCUGAUAAAAUCCAAAAGAAGGACACCACUGGCAAUUUUGAAGCACCAGAGAAGCUUAGGAGAGGGGAAAUAUAGAGCUGGAUCACCUCACUAGCUGCUUCGUUAUUUUGCUCUCGAGAAGCUGAAUUCAUCUUUUCCGGUUUACUGCAGAAAACUUAACCUUUAAGCUUUUCUGGACAUUUCCCCGUUUCUUACGGCGGAGGAUUCUGUUGCCGGACUCUCGGCUUUGAAGACUUUUUUCCGGUGUCUCUGUUUUUUUUUAGAAGCUCAGUCUCUGUGAAUCUGACUGUGAGCGACAUCUGUUCGGAAUUGGUUUUAUGAUCUUAGCGAUCCGCGUCGUCUUCUCUCUGGAUUUGAUUGCCAUUCUUUAAGCUACUUGCUGCCAAUUUGACGAACCUUGAAUCUGGUUUUCUUGCUCCUCCAACUCACGUGAUCAUUCUCGUCAUCACGUGCUUUAUGCCUAAUCAAACUGUUCUCAGGGAUUUAGUCUAGUCAGCUUCUCUGCUUUGCUAGUUAUAUCUGUGAAGGAACACAGCCGUUGAAGCUAUGUUAUCAUCAAGGUUUUCAUUUUUGGGGAUCGGCAGUACUAGCGACGUUAAUGACUCUUCGGGUGUUCCUGGAAGCAAUCUCAAACCGACUCUAAGUGUGCAAACGGAUAAAGAUGUGUACAGGCCUGGAGAUUCCAUUUUUGUAACUAUUGAGGUUGGUUAUCCUCCUGUAAAUGAUCAUGGGAACGGGUCUAAUCCCUCGGUUUUGGUUGAAAAGCUUAGUUUUGAGGUGAAAGGAGUAGAGAAAUUGGACAUUCAGUGGUUCUCUACUCAAAAUCCAUUACCAGGAAGCAAAGGACGAAGAGGUGAACACAUCUUCCUAGACAGUUCAACACCAUCCUUGAUUUCAAAUCAACUCCUAUCUCCUGGUGCUAAGAUGACAUUAAUGGUUCGAGCUAUACUCCCAGAGAUUUUACCACCUUCUUAUAAGGGUGCUACUUUACGUUACCAUUACUUCAUCAAGAGCACAUUAAGCGGAAGAUUGAUGCCAUUAGAAAACAGUCAAUUUUACAAAGACUCGCCAAAAGAUUUUAUGAAAGUGGAGACUCGAAUCCCAGUACAAGUAUGGGUAAUUCAGAAGAAUAACGGGUUGCUAUUAGAGGAAAGUCAAACCGAUGGGAUUGUUCCAACCACUACAAUUCAGACAGAAAUAUACUGGAAAGAGAUGGAUGGAGACUCAGAAUGGACAAGAGCAAAUGACCCGUAUGAAAGUGGUGAGGAAGGAUAUGACAGUUCACGCGAUGAUAUCUUGUCUGUUUCUUCCUAUCCCAACAAAGGAAAUUUAAACAGAGCCUUUGGGAGUUCAUUGUCCUUGAAUUCUGGACCUCGAUUAUCAAUGAAAGACACAUCAUAUAUUGAGGAAGGUGUCGGAUCAUCUCCAAAAAUGAUACUUCCUCAGUUAUCAGCUGCCGUAGUGUCUUAUGAUUCUGGAACUGAUGGCUUUUCGCCUGAUAAAUCAUCAAAUUCAGGGAUUCCGAGCCAACCCAAGGAGACAAAUGGCUCAGGAGCAUCUAUGUCACCUGAAUCUGGAGCUGGAGAACCCGUCUCAGUUACCUUGGAAACGAUAGAGACGGUAAAUAGAAGAUUUGUUCAUCCGUCGAGGAGGAAUUCUCCUAAACUUUCCAAGGUCCAAAGCGAUCACCAUGAGGUGGUGGCCGACCUUAUUCAGACAAGCUUUCUGUUUUCAAUUCCCACGGAUGGUCCAAUGUCAUUUACGACACCCCGUGUUUCUGUGCAAUGGAUUCUACGGUUUGAGUUCCUAAUCACCCCGAAGGAUGUGGACUUAAGCAGGUACGAACAUCCGUUGUUGAUCCCAGAACGGGAGAAAAGCGAGUGGGUUCUACCGAUUACGGUACACGCACCACCUCCUCGGACAUCAGCUACUCAAAACCGAGGCGAUAAGCUCUUUGGGUUGGAGCCUUCUUGGAUCCGUAGCUAAACCCCCACGAUUUGAUAAGAUUCGUUUCGGUAAAGAGUUUCUGGUCCCUUGUGUAGCUCACCACAUGGCGUUAUUAAUUUUCUACUUUGUAAGGGGAAGUUUACCACUAACCUUACUUUUUUCAUUUUAUAUAUAAAUACUAGUUUAGAAAUUAUUUUCUGGUUAGGCUUUUUGAUUCUUCUUUGAGAUGUUGAAUCUCUUAACCAAAAAUGGUUUCUUAUUGAAGGGGUGAACAAAAUAAUCUGAAUAAGUUAAUGCUUGGAAUUACAACUGAGCUAAUACGCAGCCGUUUUUGUGCG